CUCGCAUCCUAGAGCGGCCGCGCGGGACCCGGCCGGCGGCGCACUUCCGCCCGGGAGCACUGUAGCCCCGCGGACAGCUGGGCCAGGGUGCGGGCCUGCGCCUCCCUCGGCUCCUGGCGCGGGCCUCGGGGAGAGGCUCUAAGAUGGAGGACAGCGAUAUCUGCCCUAGGCACACCACAGGGUGAUUGCAGGGUUGACACUGCCUGCCUGAAAACGAAGGAGCGCCGGUUCUCAACCCGGCAACCAGUAGAAUCGCUUGGGAAGCCUCCAAAUGCUGAUGCCCCAUCAUCACCGGGGAAUUGUGAUCUGCGGCCAGGACCGAGAUCCACGGGCCCAGAGUGAAAUGACAGUACUGUGAUCACGACUGGAAUAUGCACUUCGCCGAACGUGGAUCACAGUCUUGAGAAAGCAAGCAGCUGGGUUUUUGUUUUGUUUUUUUUCCAAGAAGACAGGGACCUAAUCUGGUUUGCUCGCAUUUAAUUCCUAGUGCCUAGAAUGGUGCAUGUCCCAAAACAUGCACCAUUGAUUAAAUAAUUUCUGAUUACUUCCCGACCUAUUUGGAGGGUUUUCAUUAUAUUUGUUUUAAAAUUAUUAUGGAAACCUUCAAGUCAUAUAUGAAAAUUGGAUAGUGUACUGAACUCCCAAUUCAUGAUCAAUUCUGUUUCAUCUGUUACCCUCUCCCCCACUGUAGUAUUUUAAAGCAAAUCUGAAAUGUACCAUUCCAUCUGUUACCUUGUUCAUGUUUAUAAGACACAAUAACACCUUUUUAAAACAUAAAGCCAUUAUCAGUGUACUUAGCACUUCAUUUUACCCUCUACUAUCCAGUCAGCAUUUACAUUUUCCUAGUUGUCUCUCUCCUCUUACCCAGUUUGUCCAAAUCAGUAUGCAAACAAUCUACACACGUUAUAUUUGGUUGAUGUCUCUUAGAUCUCUCUUAAUCUUUUUCUCUCGCUCUUUAUUUUGUUCCCUGUAUUUUACUUGAACAAGUCAUUUGUACGGUUCACGUUUUCUACAACCAGGAUUUUGCUUUUCCCAUCUCUGGUAUCCUUUAAUAAGCAGGUAUUUAGACCUGCAGCCUUCUUCAGGUCAGGUUCGAUUUUUUGGCAAGAGAACUUAAUGGGGGAUUACUGUGUUUUUCACAUUGUAUCACACCAGGAGUUAGAUAGCAUCUUGCCUCUCUUUGUGGACCUUUUAUGUACAAGUAGCACCGUAGGGUAACAAUUGACCAGGGAAUGCCAGCAAAUACAUGCAAAAGAAAUGAGAGAAUAUCACCUUUUGGCAACCCCUAAUGAAAUAAUGGAUCCUGGCAAUGAUCACUAGCGGCUGUUAACGUCAGAAAGAGAGACAGCUAGACAAUGCGUGCUGCCUAAUGGGGUACUCCCAUCAGACAGCACACCGUUUGUCUUAUCAAGUAUUCUUGGAGUAAUGGGGGUGCUGUGUAUAGAUGAAACAUGAUUGCCUAUGAGUUAACAGUUGUUGAAGUUCAAUGAUGGGUAUAUGGCAUUGCAUUAUGCUAAUCUCUACUUCUGUAGGUGUCUGAAGUUUUUCAGAAUAAAACUUUUUUUAAAAAGAUUGAUUAGUUGAGUAGUGAGUUUAGGUCAACCUGAUCCAUACAUUGCAGUUCUCUGUUAGCCUUUCACUAAGUGAUUCUCAAAUCGGACUCCAUGUUAGGAUCACAGGAGAAGGCUUUUUAUUUUAUUUAUUUAUUUUUUAAUACUAAAACAUGUCUCACUUGCAGAAUUUCCUAUCUAAAUGUUCUGGGAUGGAGCCCAAUUAUUGAUAGGGUUUUUUGUUUUGUUUGGGACUACAGGUGUAUGCCACCAUGCCUGGCUAAUUUUUUUAUAGAGACAGAGUCUUGCCAUGUUCCCCAGGCUGCUCUUGAAUUCCUGGCCUAAAGCCAUCCUGCCACCUCAGCCUGCCAAAGUGCUGAGUUUACAAGCAGGAGCCACCGUACCUGACCUUCACUGGGUGGAAGAUGUCUAUGGAUGUGACAUUUCUGGGGACGGGUGCAGCAUACCCAUCUCCAACCCGGGGUGCCUCUGCUGUGGUCCUUCGGUGUGAAGGCGAGUGCUGGCUCUUUGACUGUGGGGAGGGAACACAGACACAGCUUAUGAAAAGCCAACUUAAAGCAGGGAGAAUUACCAAGAUCUUCAUCACACACCUUCAUGGAGACCAUUUCUUUGGCCUUCCUGGGCUCCUCUGCACAAUCAGCCUGCAGAGUGGCUCCGUGGUGUCCAAACAGCCUAUUGAAAUCUAUGGCCCUGUAGGGCUUCGGGACUUUAUCUGGCGAACCAUGGAACUCUCUCACACGGAGCUGGUCUUCCAUUAUGUGGUUCAUGAACUGGUUCCUACAGCGGAUCAAUGUCCUGCAGAAGAACUAAAAGAAUUUGCACAUGUGAAUAGAGCAGACAGUCCUCCCAAAGAGGAACAAGGAAGAACUAUCCUGUUAGACUCAGAAGAAAACUCAUACCUUCUGUUUGAUGAUGAACAGUUUGUUGUAAAAGCAUUUCGCCUCUUUCACAGAAUUCCCUCAUUUGGGUUUUCAGUCAUGGAAAAGAAACGCCCAGGUAAACUCAAUGCACAGAAACUUAAAGACCUUGGUGUUCCACCAGGUCCUGCCUAUGGGAAGCUGAAAAAUGGAAUUUCUGUUGUUCUGGAAAAUGGGGUUACAAUUUCUCCCCAAGAUGUCUUAAAAAAGCCUAUUGUUGGAAGAAAAAUCUGCAUAUUGGGUGACUGCUCUGGGGUUGUGGGUGAUGGAGGAGUAAAGCUGUGCUUUGAAGCAGACCUGUUGAUCCACGAAGCAACCCUGGAUGAUGCCCAGAUGGACAAAGCAAAGGAGCAUGGCCACAGCACACCACAGAUGGCAGCAACAUUUGCAAAGUUGUGCCGUGCAAAGAGGCUUGUUCUGACUCACUUCAGUCAGAGGUACAAACCAGUUGCCUUGGCCAGAGAAGGAGAAACAGAUGGCAUUGCAGAACUAAAAAAGCAAGCUGAAUCAGUGUUAGAUCUCCAAGAAGUGACUCUAGCAGAAGAUUUUAUGGUGAUAAGCAUUCCAAUCAAGAAAUGAAACCAGUGUUCCUGAGUGCACACUGACAUGUCUGUGAAUAUGUUACUGAGCCUAUAGCCCAGUUUUUUUAAUUUCUUGUUUUAGUCUGAAAUUAUUUGGGCCCUAAUAAUCCUAAAAAGAAUGGAGCUGCAUUGAUGAAUUGGCUCAGUAUUUAAAGGGAGCAAGCUUUUUGAUAAUAAAUCUUUUUAAGAGAAAAAAACCCCAGCAUCCUUUUUGAAGUCCAGAUUUGUCAAAAUGAUAGACUAUUCAGGUAUACAUCUUAUUUUGUGCUACUACCACAGAUAGCCAAUAUUCCAUGCAGUCCUGGGCUUAGCUUCUGCCCAGCUUUAUUGCUGCUAUUGGCAAAGAGCACAGGACUCAGCCCUCGUGGCUAAAAAUGGUAUUUUGGCAGUUUGUAUUGAAUCUGUUUGUGUUAUUAACAGAAGAGGGAGAAAUGUCAUGAGACGUUGGACGGCAGGAUUGAUGAUAGCAUGACCAUAGCUUUGCUGGAAUACUGAAUGCAGGGUUUGGCUAGGUGUUUAUUUUAACAUUUUAUUAAACUUUCUAUUUGGGUCUUAACCCAUGGUUCUCAGCUGGGGUGACACUGCUCCUCUAGAAGCAGGUUUGAAAUUAUGAGUAUGUUUUCUUGUCGCAGUGACUGAGUACAGUGGUGGUAGUGGUGGUACUACUACUACUGGUAUUUAGUCAGCAGGGAUCAGGGAUGUUAGCUGUCCUGCAAAGUUUUGGUCAGUCAUAUACAAUAAAGAAUCAUCUCACCCCGAAAUGCAAAUUGCAGGCCCAUUGAGAUACACAGCAAGUUAGUUUAUACUCUUGAUGUGAAUAUGGUUUACCAAAAUUAGUGACAUAAUGAGUGGAAUUACUAGGUAAGUCAAAUCCUAAAGAGUGAAUAUGUUAGAAUUGCAAUGUCAUACCAAAUAACAUUCAAAAGAAAUGAGCCAUCAAGUGAAGCUUAUGAACCUGGAGGUAAAAAAUGCUUAUCUGUUAAACUGAGGUUUCAUUGACGUGUCCCUGUUAAUAAACAUUAUUUGCCCCACAAUGUUUCUUAAAACAUGCUCCAUGGAAAGCUAGCCUUGAGUGCUGAUUCACUCAGAGGGGCUCCUCAGUCAAAUCAGUUUGGGAAACACAUUAUUGCUGUCUGUCCUUCUAGGAGUGGUGUAGUGUCCAUCAACAUACUAAAAACAGUAUUGCUUCAAAUGAUCAUAAACCAGUGUUUGAUGCCAGAAAGACCUGAUCCCAGAGUCCCAUUCUCUGAUAUGUGGUGGUACCUCUGUGUGGUCUGGAGCAGGUAACCCACUCUCUGAGUUUCUUCAGCUUGUUCAUUUCAAAAAUGGGAAAAACAGUAAGACCCAUGUCAUAGAUUGUUAAACAAGACAACAUAUAUAAGGAGCAUAGCACAUUGCUUGAAGGUGUUGAGAAAUCCUGCAGUACAGAGGCCUGUCAGUUCUGAUGAACCCUGUUCUCAGUCCUAUUUCACCAGGUACUACCUGUUAACAUCUCAGGAACCUAGAGAGCUUUACAGCACACAUAUUUAGAAACACUGUUGUAGUACGUACUGUUCAAUUCCUCUGGGUUCUGGGGCUUCUUUGGCCAAAUUUUUUGACUCCUGGCUAGUUGUGGAGACUCCAAAGUAGUGAUGACUGGCUGGGGGCAGUGGCUCAUGCCUGUAAUCCCAGCAUUCGGAGGCCAAGGCAGGCGGAUUGCUUGAGCCCAGGAGUUCCAGACCAGCCUGCACAACAUGGUGAAACCCCAUCAUUACAAAAAAUACAAAACUUAGCCAGGCAUGGUGGUGUGCCUGUGGUCCCAGCUACUCAGGAGGCCAAGGUGGGAGCCUGGGGAGGUUGAGGCUGCAGUAAGCUAUGAUCGUGCUAUUGCACUCCAGCCUGAGCAACAGAGCAAGACCCUCUCUCAAAAAAAAAAAAAAAAAAAAAGCAAAAAACAAUGAUCAAAAUAGGUCUGGUUACUUAAGAUAUGAUCAUUCUGAUGCAGUCUCUAGAAUGGUCUGUCUUACUGUAGACUCUGCCUGCAAAAAGUGCCAAAUUUUGAUCAUGGAUAAAGCAUGCCAUGGUUUCUAAAUUCAAUUCAAAUAAGCAUUAAUUAGACAUCUAAUGUACCUAAACUUGUGCAAGAGGCUAGGACUCUAGGACUAGAAUGGCUCAGAUGAGUAUCUCUAAUGCAUGAAGCCCCUGAGGAUAGAGAUUAUGUCUUAGUCACUGCCACAUCCUUAGAAAUGUCCACCUAGAGCUGAGUGCGGUGGUGUGUGCCUGUAGUGCCACCUACUCAGGAGGCUGAGGUGAGAGGAUCACUUGAGUCCAGGGGUUCAAGUCCAUAGAGACAUAGCAAGACUCCAUCUUGGCCAGGGGCAGUGGCUCACGCCUGUAAUCCCAGCACUUGGGGAGGCCAAGGUGGAUGGAUUGCUUGAGGUCAGGAGUUCAAGACCAGCCUGGGCAACGUGGCUAAACCCCCGUCUCUACUAAAAUUACAAAGAUUAGCUAGGUGUGGUGGUGCAUGGUAAUGAAACUAGCCCAUUUCAUUACUGAACUUACCAAAAAGAACUUAAACCACCUCUUUGGUGGUGCCCCAUUCACUGAGUACUAAGUAAGUGCCAGAUUUUAUUGUGUUGGUAGUACAUAAAUGAAUAGACAAAUGGCAAAAUUCCAGCCCUAAGCACACAGCCUAGUGAAAGAGACCAGUAGAUAAAAGUAAAUCUGUAGUUGCUUCACAUGUUCUAACCUUGUAUCCUGGGCACUCGAAUUUUGCUGUUCCUGAGCAUUGCUUGGUAGCUGACUUGAGCCAUGCCCUUAGAAUCAGGCUCUAUAAAUACAUAUGGGCUAAGCCCUCAGAGGCCAUGGGAAUGUGGAAACGAUAUAUUGGGUCAAGUGUAGAGCAUCAGUCCAUGAUGAGAACUUUUUCUAGACCCUCUUCUGGGCUAGAAUUUGUUUUCAGUGAUAGAGACAUUCUAAGAAUCUGUGGAGUUAGAAUUAAGAAAGAAGUUUAUAUUGGACUUCUCGGAACCUGUAAUCUACCCAAGGAUUUGACUCUUAAGUGGGGAGGGUGACCAUAAUAUGUAUUGUGUCCCAAAUUUAUUUGAUUACUGAAUCCUCUUUUUGCCAAGGAAGAUCUUGGAACUUUAGAAAUGCCAUUCUCCAUACGUUGCAAAAUUAUUCUAUUUAUAUUUUUUACCUGCAGAAUUUAUUGAGGUAAUGAUUUCCAUGUCUACACUUAAUGUAUUACUUCCUUUGUCCUAAACUGACUCAAUUGUAAGGAAUCCAUACAUAACUACUUAUUUUAGAUUUUAUUUUAUUAUUAUUAUUAUUAUUUGAGACAGAGUCUCAUUCUGUAUUUUAGAUUUUAAAAAAUGCACACUUGUGGCCAGGCACCAUGGUUCACCUGUAAUCCCAGCACUUUGGGAGGCCGAGGUGGGUGGAUCACUUGAGGUCAGGAGUUUGAGACCAGCCUGGCCAAAAUGGUGAAACCCCAUCUCUACAAAAAUUAGCUGGGCAUGGUGGCGGGCACCUAUAAUCCCAGCUACUCGGGAGGUUGAGGCAGGAGAAUUGCUUGAACCUAGGAGGCGGAGGUUGUAGUGAGCCGAGAUCACACCACUGCACUGCCUGGGUGAAAGAGCAAGACUCCGUCGCAAGAAAUAAGAAGUGCACGUUCUAAUUCUCCAAAGUUGUUUACACUUGCCCAGAUAGACCCUAAAUCAGCUCUGUUUAAUACUCAUGCCUCAUUAAUGCACUUUUAAUGAACUUUGAAUUAUAAAAGCAGCGUAUGUUUGGUAGAGAAUUUUUUUAAGAUGCAAUAAAAGAAGACAAUUAUUUGUAAUUCCUUCACCCACAGAGAGCUGUUAUUUCUGAUCCAGUGGUCCCCAAACUGAGGGGUGGGUGAGAGUUACUCAGGGUGUGUAGGUAGACAGCGAUCCUUAGGCUCUGUUUUCAAAGACUUAGGCUCUGUUUUCAAACGUCUGGGGUAAUACCCAAGAAUUUGCAUUUUUAAUAAGCCCCCAAGGCGAUUCUGAGGUAUAUGAGUGGCAGACCAUAUUGAGAGAAAAAAACUGUCUAUUCUAUGCGUUUUAAAAGUUUUGCGUGUGUUUAGAUAUUUUGUAUGUGCUUCUACCUAUGUUUGUAUGUGUGUAUAUUAUACACAUGUACACCUGUAUAUUUUUACAUGUAGGCUGACCUCAACUGUUUUUCUCAUUUAGCAUAUUAUGAGGAUUUCCCCACGGCAUUAAGUGUUCUCUGAAAGCAUGCAUUUCAUGAUUUUCUAUUAUUGCAUUCUAUAGAUACAGUGUCACUUAACCGUUUUUUCAUUUGGAGGCAGUGAGAUUGUUUUCCGUUAUUAUAAAUAAUACUAUCAUGAAUAUUCUUAUGCAUAAAUCCUUGUAUCUCUGAGUAUUUCCUUCCUUAGAAUUGAUUUCUCUGAGGGUGAAAAUCUGACUUCUUUUUGGAGGUUCUGGGUAGGAAUUGCCCACUGGUUUCCAUGCUCUUUUACACUCCUAGCAGCAGUGAAUAGGAGUGGCCUGUCUUGGUAUUCUAUCUGGAGAUGAUAUGGAGUAUCAUCAGCUCAUGACCUUGCUAACGCUUCUUCCCCAAGACAUUAGUCCUAUGAAGAUUAUUUUCACCUCCCAGUGCAAAUAACUUUGUUAUGUCUUGCAAGUAGGAUAUAUUGUGAUUUCCUUGAAUACUCUUAUGCCAACUUAAAAAUUUGGUAGUUUUUACUUCAGGGGUAAAAAUCCUUACUGCUUCAAAUAUGUCCAUGAUAGAUGUACAGUGAAGGUACUUUUUUACUAAGAAAGGUAUAAAUUUAUCAUGAAAUGUGCUGGUUCUGUCCUUACUGAUUGAUGGAUUUUUCAGGUAAUGAAUGAGUCAGUAUUUUUCUUACAUGGGAAGACUAAAAAGGAAGUGCUGGUAAUGCUCUGAAUGUUCCCUCUUGGCAGGAUAAGAAUAGAGCGGGGAGGCGGGUAAGAUCGCAAAAUUAUUUUCUUCCUUAGUAGGAAGUAAACAGUGUCUAAAAGUGAAAAACAAAUAGUACUCUAAGCAUAGUAUGUUUUUAAAAAGCAGAAGGUGGGGAGGAGAGACUACCAGAUGAAUAGUUAAGAGUGGAAGAAGGGGUCAGAAGGGUCAAGGGGGUGGGGACAGAUGGUCAGGGGACCGCUAUUUUUUAUAAGCCUAAUAGUAUUAGCACUAUUUUACAUUUUAAACCAUUUGUGUGUAUUCAUUUAGUUUAAAAAUUACAUUAAAACACACACACAGAUAAGAUGCUGCUCUGAGUAAUCUUAACAAUUGCGUGUCUCCCCAUGGGUGCUACAGGCAGUUAGCAGCUGCUCUCAAGCCUUUGUAACAUUUCAGUCCCAUUCUCCAUACUGCAGUCUGAGUCUGUGUGUUUUGUUUUUUUCAAAAUGCACAUUUGAGUCUCACAUUCCCCCUGCUUGAAACUUAAUGGUCAUUUCUUACCCACCUUCCCAAUCUAAUCUUCCUCUACACUUGUGCAGCCCUAGCCACGUGGGUCUUCUUUCAGUCCUUUGUCAGGGCUUUCUGUUGUCGCAAAGCCUUUGCAAGGCCUGCUCCCUCUGCCUGGAAUGCUCUUUCUCCUCUCCCCAGGUUAACCCUUACUGGGCCUUCAGAUCACAGCCCUAUAGCCACAGCCUCAGGGAAACCUUCCCUGGCCUCACCACUAGGUAGCAUAUUAUUCUUUUUUUUUUUUUUUUGAGAUGGAGUCUCGCUCUGUUGCCAGGCUAGAGUGCAAUGGUGCGAUCUCUGCUCCCUGCAACCUCCGCCUCCUGGGUUCAAGUGAUUCUUCUGCCUCAGCCUCCAUAUAGCUGGUACUAUAGGUGUGCACUACCACGCCCAACUAAUUUUUGUAUUUUUGGUAGAGACGGGGUUUCACCAUGUUGGCCAAGAUAUUCUUGAUCCGCCUGCCUCAGCCUCCCAAAGUGCUGGGAACACAGGCGUGAUCCACUGCGCCCAGCCGUAUAUUACUCUUAUAGCACCUGCAUCUGACCUUCCUGGUGCUUGGCACUUACUAUUUUCAUUUUGCUUCUGUGAGCGAUGUUUCUCUUUCCCAUUAGCACUGUAAGCUUCCCAAGAGCAGAACUGUGUCUUUUGUUUCCCUCUGUGCCUAGCUUGGUGCCUGGAACAUAUUAGGCACUCAAUAAAUAGUGUUGACUGGUUCAGUUUUCUCCGUCAUCCUGUUAUUCAGUUAAUAUGCAGUGCUUUGUUUUCCUAGGAAUUCUUCCUGAUUAAUAUUAAAAACAAACAAAAUACC